AUGUUCCGUUCGCUCGGUCGUCUAGCUAAUCGAUCUGGAACCGUUCAAACUGCGAUUCGAUCCUUUGCCGCCGAGGCUGCGCCCGCCGAUGUAAAGGUACCGACGGCGGUGUUCGGCGUGGCGGGCAAGUACGCGGCGGCGCUGUACGUGUCGGCGGUGCGCGGCGGGAAGGUGGACGCGGUGGAGCGCGAGAUGCGCGAGCUCGCGGCCGUCACGGGCGCCAACCCCACCUUCGCAUCGUUCCUGCGCGACCCGUCCGUGUCGCGCGAGGUGCGCGUGAAGGCCGUGGAGGACAUCUUCUCGCAGGCCAAGUACUCGCCCCUCACCAAAAACUUCCUCGCUGUGCUGGCGGAGGCGGGGCGGCUGUCGUAUCUGCCCAAGAUAGCAUCCACCUACGAGGACAUCCUCAUGGCCCACCGCGGCCAGGUCAAGGCCACCGUCACCACUGCCCUCGAGCUGACCCCAGCGGAGCUGGCGGAGGUGAGGGAGGCGCUGACAGGCAUGCUGCAGGCGGGGCAGACGCUGCAGCUGCAGCAGCGGGUGGAUCGCAGCAUCAUUGGCGGCGUGCUGGUGGACAUCGGUGACAAGCACAUUGACCUCUCCAUCCGCUCCAAGAUCCGCCGCAUGGAGAAGGCCCUCCUCGAGUCCCUCUAG